AUGCUCGUGUCGUACUUGAACGACGUCAUCUUCCCCGAAGCUACUCGGAAAGAGAUAUCUGCUCUAGUUAAUACAUACCCGUACAACAACGGCACGGCCGGCAGUCCAUUUGGCGCCGGCACAAUGAACCAAGCAUGCCCUCAAUUCAAGCGGUUGGCGGCCAUACUCGGCGAUGUCUUCUUCACCCUCAUGCGACGGGCUUUCCUGGAUAUGUUACCCGCUUCCAUGUCCGCGUGGUCUUUCCAAGCUGCCUUUGAGCGUGGAACACCAAUCCUGGGGACCUUCUACACAUCGGACUUGCCACGCAUAUUCUACAGCAAUGAUGACGCUAGCUGA